AUGAUUAAUAAUCUUUAUUUUUUUAUUUAUCUGUGCAAAUCUUACAGAAUUCUUAAACCCAAAGCUUUAGAAAAUGAAGAUCUGUAUCUAACAAAUAUAAACUCAAAACUCGUCCUACAACCAUUUGGAGAUAAAGAGAACCAAAGAAUAUCUAUUCAUAAGAGAAAGCUCUUUUUUAGUGGAGAUAAAUACCUAUCGCUAGAUAAUGACUCUAUAGAAAUAAAAUUAAAAAAAGAAAAAAUUGUUACUUAUCUUAAAAGAUCUAAUUUUAGUCAGAAAAAAAGCGAUCCAUUUGGAUUUAAAAAUAAAAAAAAGAUUCUAGACACGCCCAAAGAAAAAAUGCAACAGAAACGGAAUAUUAAACAGCCGGAUCAAAAUAUUACUUAUGAAACUCAGAGGCAACCUAUUCGUAAAAAAACAGAACCUGAAAUUGUAAAACCCGAAGAAGAGCCGCCAGACGAACCGGUUAAAAUUAGAGACGAGCAAAAUAUUGAUAUGGAUAGUAUAUUAUCCAAAGUAAAGCAUUUACUAAAUGAGAAAAAAAACUAUCUUGUUGAAUCAGAUUCUAAAAUAGAAGAAGAUACUAUAAAAUAUACCAGUUUAGAUGUUUUUAUACAUCCGCUUAAUGACAAGUACAUUAAAUUAAAAACUUUAGAAAAAGAUUGUGUAACAUAUUUCAAGGAUUCAUUUAUAUUUACGCCGUGUCUUAAUGUGGAUAGUCAAAUUUUUAAGAUUGAGAAUGAAGAAGAUGUUUUUAAAACUAAAAAAAUAGUAAUAGAUGAUGAAGAUGAUGAAACAACCGAGAUAACACCAAGUAAACGACAUAAAAUACCAUCAUCUAGAGAAAAAAAUCAUAUUUAUGAAAAUGAAGAAAUGUAUCAUGUAAAAAGUAAGGAGCGAAAACCAGAUGAUAAAUCGGCAGUUGCAUACACAUAUGGUACACAAGAAGAGCAGAUAAAUCACAAAAAUAGAGACUAUGGUGAUAAAAAUUUUAGAAAAAUAAUCAGUAAACGAGAAACAAUUGUACCGGAUUUAAGAACCAGCAAGGUAACAAAAAAAGAUGGUGUAAUAAAAAAAUCAAUAUAUAAACCAAGAUACAGUAACGAGACAUCAACUACAUAUCUUCAAGGAGAAAAAAAAUAUGAUGAUGCGUAUGUAGAGAACAAACCUCUAGAAAAUUAUAAAUAUCAAGAUAAUAUUACUAAAAAAACUGGCAAGCCAUAUGAAAAAACGUUAAACACUUCGUACGAUCCUAUUCGCCAAAAAUCGUUUUCUAGUUAUAAUUCUGAAUUUAUUACUCAAUUUAAACCAUUAGAAAAUAAAAAAUCAAUAGAAUAUAAGCCUCUUCCUGUGAAACAAAAAACCGAUAUUAUACCAAAAUUGCCCAAUAUUGUAAUAUCUCCACCAAUGCCCGAUGUAAAUAAAGUAGAUUCUACACUUGCAAGACUAAACUCACCAGAUGACUUUUUGCAAAAAAUUAAGAAUAGCGUCGAUAUAUCAGAUAUAGACGAUUUAUUGUAA